CAGCCUUGAGUCUCAACUCCAGAAUUGACACAUUUGUUUAGUAUUGUUGAAAAAUAAAAACGAAAUAUAAUGCGCACCGUGCUUUUGAGCAAAGCCGAUGAGGUCUAUCUGGAGAAGUGCGCUCAAGAGCACAGUUUCUCCUAUGGCAUAAUCGUUGGACAUCAAGCUGAUCUAACCAAGAGUGUUGUGGUGCACUUGGCCCGCAACAACGAGGAAGAUGCCGACCUAGAGGAUUUAACAGACAUCUGCUUGACAACGAGCGACAUAAAUCCACAGGCAUUGGCCACCCAAUGGCUCAGCGCCAGCAAGAUGUGCCCCGGCUCCUUUGACGUCAUAGGUAUCUUUAUAGCCUCUGCGCGUCCCGAGGUUGCCGAUGAGCACAGUGACGAAUUUAAGAACGCCAAGAAACUGUUCUCCGAUGUCUACGAUUUGCUGCUGCAGAGCAACAGCUCAUUUGGAGUCUACACUACAGACAUGGCACAAACUGACUAUGUGUUUCUAGCCUACUCCCUAUCCGACAAACGUGUGCUCUGUAAAAACUAUACCUACGGAAACGGUGGCACUUUCUCCAAAAUAGAGCAUCGCUUCGUGGAGAAGCCAUUUGAGUGGAUACAGAUUGAGUGCAAUUACGAUCUGGAUGAUGUCAUACCAAUUGUCGAUGCAGCGAGACGUAUUAAUAUUGAAGAACAGUUCCAAAACAUCAUUAUGACGAUUCGUAAAUAUCUGAUUGCCAGUGAGGUGUUUCUACAGAACGAAGUAGUCGAGGACACAAUCGAUUUGCAGACCUACAUAAAGAAGAAAAAAGUGAUGGACGUGGAUAAGCUUAAGACAUCAGCGAGCACCAACAAUGCAACAUCAGCCACAAAUACAACAGCCGUGCCUGCAUCGACAUUGCAUUUGUUAUCUGCAAAUGAAGACUCCACUGGCAAUGUGAUACGUGCCAGCAUUGUGAUGCCCGUCAAAUGUCAGCUAAAUAGUCCAACCAAUAUAAAAAUCAACGAAUUUAAUGGCACACUGCGUAUGAGCGGGAUGAUCUUCUCAAGGAUCUACUGCAAUUCACGGAACACUAUUGCAGACGUAAAGCGUUUCGUGCGGGAUGAUGUGCUACGUUCCUUGAUUACGCGCAUACAAGUCUACUGUGAUGGCCUCACCGAUCCUCAUGUCUCCAACGAGGCGGUUUAUAUAAGCGAGCCUCCUAGACGUGUCUUCUUCAGCAUUCCCGUGGAUGGGGCCAGCAGCAGCAGUAGCAGCUCAACACCAUCUAACCAGUCAUCAAUUCAAUUCUCAGAAUAUCUGUUCCGUGGCGAAGCUCCCACCGUGGCUGUAGCCCAAGCCAAACAAGUACUAGAUGUAGAUCUCGAUCCGGAGGCAAUCAUGUUAGAUGCCGAGGGCCUGCCGGAAGAUGGCAACUUUACCAACAGUCAACCAGAUACCGACCACAUUGAUGGAAGCCGCAGCAUGACCAGCUCGAUGCCAAAGCGUGAACUCUCUCGCAGUCUCUACAUGGUUGGAAUUGCAGUGGCCCUUCUGGUGCUCCUUGCCUCGGUGGCAUUGCACUAUGCAAUGGCUGGAUAGUAGGGGGAUUAAUGUGCAACCUUAUAUAGAUUACUUGUAUGUGCAUACACAUAUGUAUGCAGGUGAAUCUUGUGAUGGUUUUUUAUACAUAAUACACAAAUGCUAUACUCUUAUGUCUAGUAGAUGAAAUGUAAAAAUGACCCGUUAAAUAGUUUUAUUAUUGAAGCCUGAACGGGCAGCAUUUAAUACUUAUGUAAUAAAUCAAAGAAAUAC